UCAGUGAGGAGCCUCCCUCUGCUGCUCUGCUGGAAGCCUCUUUUCUCAUUUGCCCGGCAGAAAAACGAGCGGGCUCCUCGGAGAUAUAAGGGGGGCUGUGGCCGCUCUCAGACAUCAUUUCUUUGAGUUCCGACUUAAGAAAGAAGACAGAAUCAUGAGUGGUAGAGGAAAGACCGGCGGAAAGGCCAGAGCUAAGGCAAAGUCUCGCUCCUCACGUGCUGGACUCCAGUUUCCUGUGGGUCGUGUCCACAGACUGCUCCGUAAGGGGAACUACGCCCAGCGUGUUGGAGCCGGAGCCCCCGUCUACCUGGCGGCUGUGCUGGAGUAUCUGACCGCUGAGAUCCUGGAGCUGGCUGGAAACGCUGCCCGCGACAACAAGAAGACCAGGAUCAUCCCCCGUCACCUGCAGCUGGCUGUCCGCAACGACGAGGAGCUCAACAAGCUGCUGGGAGGAGUCACCAUCGCUCAGGGUGGUGUGCUGCCCAACAUCCAGGCUGUUCUGCUGCCCAAGAAGACCGAGAAGGCCGCCAAAAAGUAAAUCUGCUCCUCUUCACAGCAGACCCCCAAACGGCUCUUUUAAGAGCCACCCAACAUCAUCGCUGAAGAGUUUGCCACACAUGGUGCACAUUAGAAACAUGAACUUCAUGUAUUAAAUACUGUUCUUAUAAUUGA